UUCCCAUUUCGCACAACUUUCCGCCCCUGGAACCGUCCCUCUCUCCGCGUCUCCCCUUCCUCUCGGUGCCGAUCUUGAAGCCGCCCUGCUUCUGCUCGCCUGAAUCGAUCUGGUCAACCGCCUCUCCCUCAGUUCUUCCCAUUUUUAUCCUAAAUGGAAUAGGGUCAUGGUGGACCAUCUUAUGGUCAUCCAUUUUCACACUGGCACCUUGUUAUGCCAUUUCAAGGGGCAAGGAAGUACCUUCUGACCUCCCCUAUGUAAUUGUUGACCCAACAAGGAAGAGAGAGGGUGAGAGAUCCCAACAGCUGCUAAAAUGAAUUGGAAGUUUCCAAUUUUUGGGGGUGCCCAACAACAGCCACCUCAGCCAAAUUUCCAAGAAAUUCCAGCUCAGUCUUGGUAUCCUCCAUCAGUAAAUUCACCUUCACAAGCUUCAACUGCAAACAGUUCUUCUGGUGGCAGUGCUCGUCCAAGAACUUAUGAUCACCCCCAGUCACCAUCUCAUGGGCAGUCAUCACCUACUGAGGCUGCUGGUAUAAUUGCUCAAUUGAAGAACAAAAGUGUUGAUGAACUGAGAAAGCUUUUAACAGACAAGGAAGCAUAUGGCACCUUUUUUAAUUCUCUUGACCAAGUAAAAAUUCAGAAUAAUCUAAGAGAUGAACUUCGGAAGGAGACAUUGCAACUUGCUAAGGAGAACUUGGAAAAGGAACCUCAAAUUUUGGAGCUCAGAAACCAGUGCACUGUUAUCCGGACGUCAGAGUUGGCAGCUGCUGAAGAGAAAUUAACUGAACUGGAGAGGAUAAAAGAAGAAACUCUGGGACGUUGUUCGCCAUCAGGACUACUGGAAAAGCUUCACGAGAGAAUGAAUGAGGUGGAUGAGGAAUCAGAGGCACUACACCGGCAGCUACUUGAGAAGGAGAUUGACCUUCCAACUUUUGUACAAAAGUACAAAAAACUCCGCACUCUUUAUCACAGGCGGGCACUUCUUCAUCUUGCAGCCAAGACGUCGGGUCUAACGUCUUAAGCACUAUCAUCUCAUACAUAUUAUGUUUCUUGUAUCAAAAGAUUUUUCUCCUCCAAACUGCACCCACUCGGUUGUAAUUAUAGCUACUUUUGUGAUUGCUUAUACAUUAUGCCUUUUGCAAUAAAGAAAUGGUCCAACA